AUGAAUGGAGUGGUACUAUCCAGUUCUGAUCAGAAAUGUUUUGAAGCUUCUUCCAGAUGUGACAGUGGAAGUGCUGCAACUCCUAACUCUCAUGUGCAGAUUGCUAAGCAAGUUGGCAGUGUUGGCUCUCCAGAAUGCUUUCCAGAAGGACAUCGUAUUCUCCAUAAUGCCUAUCGCAGCAUAAGUUUUGAUUCUCUGGAAUUGCAGGAGAAAGCCAUUCAGGACAUGAUUUGUGAUCAUUCACUUCCACAAGGGUGGUACCGCUUCAUGAUUGAAAACAAGCCUGCAGAAAUGCCAACCAGGUGUAUAGAAAUGAACAAAUGUGGAACGCAAGCCCCAAUCUGGCUCUCACUUCAAACAGAUUCUCUCCCACACCAUGGAGAGAGAAAGGCAUUGACUGCCUGUGCAACCUGGCAAUUCUUUUCUGGAAGCACCAAAGAUUGUUGCCUCUUCCAAAUCCCCAUCUCAGUGAGACAUUGUGGGGAGUUCUUUGUUUAUCUCCUGCAACCUACUCAAGGGUGUAUGGGCUACUGUGCAGAAGUUGUUGAAGAAUCACAGCUCAACUCUUUCGAUCCCAAAAGAACUGAAUUAGAAGGCAUCGACCAAGGGAAAUUCCAGAUUCCAGUUUUACACCCAGUUGUUACUCCUGAGCUUUUGGGAUCCCAGGUCUACCUAAAAUGCACUUUCAGCUGUCCAACUUCAAAUUGGGCCAUGGGCUAUACAGUGAUCUGGUCACGGCUUUCUACAUCCAGUGUGAAAGAACAGCUUCAUCAUGACACAACUGUGCAGACAUUCUCCUAUGUGGAGAUGGAUGGAAUUAAUUUCAGAUUGGGAGAUACGGUCUUUUGCACUGUCACAGCUUUUAGGUGGGACUCACCUGAUCAUUACUCUCUCCGUGAAGAAAGCAAUGGAUUCUAUGCUGGAAUCAAGUUUGUGCCAGAGUCCUUACAAAUUGCAGAGGAUGGCAAGGAACAUAUUUUGACAAUCUUAAGCACCAUUCCCAUUACAUGUUUGGCCCAGGAUGACAUCUGUAAAAUUACUUUGCAGCUGAGUACUCAGCUUUCUGACAACUUGGUGGAAAGGACACCGAACAUAGCUCUUUCAACAUGCCAUGUGGAUCUGGAACAAAGACCCUGCAGAGAAAGCAGCUGCGCAAGAGCAUCGUUUGCUGUAAGAGCUGUGAAUGACUUUGUAGAAGAUGGAAACCUUGUCAGUUAUAUCACAGUAAAACCACUCCAGCCAAGGAAAUCUCUAUGGCAUGGUUAUAAGCCCAGGGAUGUCAAGGUCACAGUUCAAGACCUCCCUACAGGUUACUGCUACUCUUUCACAGAUCCACACAUUAUCACAUUUGAUGGAUGGCGUUACAGUAACUACAUGGUUGGAACUUUUGUCUUGUACAAGAGCCUUAGCCGUCUAUUUGAGGUGCAUGUACGUCGGUGGGACUGUGGCAGCCACCAUACCUCCAUUGCCUGUAACUGUGGUGUUGUUGCACUAGAAGAUAAUGAUAUUGUUGUGGUCGACAUGUGCAACAGGCAAUUUCUGGAAACCAAAUCUCAGUUGAUAAUACAAAACAUCAGAGGCGCAUCACAACAAAAUGUCAGAAUCAUGAAGUCCUAUGGAGGAAAAAAAAUCACUAUCUUGUUCCAUUCAGGAGCCUUUGUUCGAGCUGAUCUAAAUGACUGGGGAAUGAGUUUGACAGUAAGGGCACCGAGCAUUGAUUUUAACAGGACCAGAGGUUUAUGCGGCACUUUUGACAGAAAUAGUCAGAAUGACUUCCACAGGGCUGAUGGGAGCUCUUUACCUUCUCACCAGCAUAGCACAACUGAGGAAAAUUUCAUAGAAGCCUGGAGAAUAGCUCCAGGGAUGAGUUUGUUUGACAAAAUUCCAUCACUGUCAGAAUGGCAGAAAACAGAACAUUUCUGUUUAUGUCAGAAGGCUCCUGAAUCAUACUUGCAACCUUUAAAUACUCUGCAUACUUUUCAGAAUUCUUCCCCCCAAUCUUUGGAUUGCUUUGAUGAGAAAAUUUAUUACACUUCCAUAAUUCCAUAUCUAGAUGUCACAUCAGACUAUGUCAUUCACCUGCAAACAGAUUCUUCUUUAUUAGAUGAUGGGCAAAGUGUUCUCUUUGAAGACCUCCAAAGAGAAAAAAGGCAAGGCUCUUUGGAAUAUUUACCUAUUUCCUCUUUCCAAAGUCUAAGCCCAACUGACUUGAAAAGUUUCACAUAUCUUUUCCCAGAAGAUUAUUUUGAAGGGAAGCCACCUGAAGUUCAGACUACGUGGCCAACUCCAAGUGGCCUGACCUCAGCUGAAGUCUUAACAAAUUGCAAGACGUUUCUUGAAAAUUCUUCCAUUGGCUCAGCUUGCAAAGGGUUUCUUGGCACCCAAUUCGAUGUGGCCAUUGAAAUGUGUCUUUCAGACAUACAGAUUAAGGAUGAUAUCAAAUGGGGAGAAUUACUUAUUCCAUUUUUGGAAAACGACUGUGAAAAAAAAGUCCUCUUAGAAAAUGGAACUGAGUCUUUUCAUUCAACACAUGAGAUACCUGCCAUACAUCACAAAAUCGCCACAGUGCUCAGAUGUCCCAACCUCUGUAAUGGCCAUGGACAGUGUACUAUAAGGGGGUGUCAGUGCUUUGAAGGCUACAGCACCUAUGACUGUAGAAUUGCCAAAGAGCAUUCUGUGGAGAUUACAGAUCUACUCAAUGGUGGCUUCUGUGAUGUAAGAGUUUCCAACUGCAGCAAAAUCCAAGUGCUUGGACUUGGCUUUAACAACUCGCCUGAUCUUCACUGUGAAGUCACCAGACUGACUUAUCACAAUAGUGAAUGGAUAGCCAGAAAACAGGAAAUCACAAAAGCAACGUUUUUGAAUCUGACAGUGGUGGAAUGCUCGAUCCCUGUUCUGAACGACACAGGAACAGAAACUCUUCAUUUCAAGAUUGAUCUCGAACCAUGUGCAAGAUGGCAAGUGAAAAUAUCUAAUGAUGGAUUCCAGUACAGUAAUUCAAAAGUUCUGACCUUGUAUGAUGGAGUCUGCCAGGAUUGCAAAUUCCAUCAAAAUGGGCUUUGCAAAUUAAAGGAAAACACAUGCAAAAUAGAUGGAUUGUGCUAUGCAAAGGGUGAUGCAAGUCUCACCAGCUCUUGUCUACUUUGCGAGCCAUCAGUUUCUAAAUUUACUUGGUCUAUCAAUGAAUAUAACUUGCCGCCUGUGUUUCUGGCCCCAUCCAAUCAGCUUCUAACGUUUGCAGGAGAGACUUUUGUUUAUCAGCUGCAAGCUGUGGAUCCUGAGAGAUCGGCAGUGCUGUUUGCCUUAGAAGCUGGCCCUCCAGAAGCCUCUCUCUCUCCUGCUGGCCUUCUCAUAUGGAAUGUCCUUCCUGGAGAAGCAACGAGUUUCGAAUUCACUGUGUCUGAUGAAUGCAAUGCACAAAGCAGACACUCGGUGCAGGUUUCAGUAAAGCCUUGUGGCUGCUUGAAUGGUGGAAUUUGCAUCACCAACAUUAACUUCCCUCCAGGUGUUGGUGAGUACCUGUGUAUGUGUCCCAGUGAAUUUGAAGGGGAACAUUGCCAAAACAGCCACAAUCAUUGCAAAUCAAACCCAUGUGGAAUUGGUUCUUGUAUUGCUGGAAUAGACAGCUACAAGUGCAAAUGUCCGGCAGGUUGGAAAGGGCUUACUUGUCAAGAGGAUAUAAAUGAAUGUGAAGCAAAUGCUUGUUUUCCUGGUGUAUCUUGCACAAAUACCAUGGGGUCUUUUGACUGUGGCAACUGCCCUGUUGGGAUGAAGGGUGAUGGUAGAAAAUGCGAGUCUGAAGACCUUGCUGACAGAAUAGAAGCUUUCAUUACCAAUAAUCAUAAAAUCAAAGGUGAAUGGAAAAAGAGUGAAAGUAAACAGCUUGAGAAAGGCCAGGAAGCAAGGACAUUGUCGGCACUUAUGUAUGUUAAUGCCAGCAAGGUCCAUGGUCAUGCAGGAUUUCUACCAACUCUUACUAACUGUGCUAAUAGACCUUGUUUUCCUGGAGUAUUGUGUGUGGACCGCAAACCUCCAAAGAUUGGAUACUUCUGUGGCCGAUGUCCAACAGGUCUCUAUGGGAAUGGACGAAUCUGCACAAAAGCAUCUAGACCAGUGUCAAGUUCUGCCAAAGGUUUGCCUGAUGUAACUGUGGAAGUCCCUGGGGAAGCCAACAUCUCCUUUGCCCAAGGUGGCAUAAAGAAUUUACAAGAUAGUGAUUCUACAUCUUCACAAGAUCGUAUUCCAGAACUAGAAACAACUUUUCAUACAGCAAGAUAUCCCUUAACUAUUGAUACUCAAACACCACUCAAAGAAAGAAUGGAGCCUCUGUCUCCUAUAUCAUCUAUGAAAAAAGCUUUUCCAUUGAUCAAAGCAAAAAAUGGCACCCACAGAGUCCUUCUUCAUCAAAAAAGUAAAGCAGGAGCUGCUGAAAUCCUCCCAGACUACAAAGUGCAUUUUCAAACAAAUAUCAUAAGGAAUGCCUCCCCUCAAGAAGACAUGGAUGCCAGGCUACUAACUGCAAGGCCACAUGCUAUUCGGCAGAGCCAUACCUCAAUUGAUGUGACAUCUUCUGGAAAACAACCUCUUGGGACUUCAGCUACACAGACUAGUUCUGAUCAUGGUUUCAAAGCAAAGUAUUUGAGACUAUCUGUGUCGACAACACCAUUGAUGUCUUCUUUCCAUUGGAAAAGAUCAUUUUCUGAUAAUGUAAAUCGACGUAGCCAGGCAGUAGGGAGUUCCGUGCAGUCAAAUAUUCCAGGAAGGACUGCUUUAUUCAGAAAGCCCUAUGCCUCAGAUGUAAACCAUUUGGCAAUUGAAUGGAGACCACUGAAUAGGAAAGUAACCUGUGCAAAUAUGCCAUGUUUCCAUGGUAUGCCCUGUGAAUCAACAAAGGAUAAGGCAUUCAAAUGUGGACCCUGUCCCUUCGGAUACAGCGGUGAUGGAAUACAAUGUUAUGCACUUUGUGAUCCACCAUGUGAAAAUGGAGGGACCUGUAUCAAUCAAAAUAUCUGUUCCUGUGCAUAUGGAUUUGUUGGUUCAAGAUGUGAAACAUUGGUUUGUAAUAGGCAUUGUCACAAUGGUGGGAGUUGUGUGGCACCAGAUGAAUGUCAAUGCAAGCCUGGAUGGAGCAGUCCUUUAUGUGAAACAGCCAUUUGUAAACCUGUUUGCCUAAAUGGUGGGACCUGUAUUCGCCCAAAUAUAUGUGCUUGCCCAUUCGGUUUCUUCGGGCUUCAGUGUCAAUCUGCAUUCUGCAACCCUCCUUGUAAGAACAAUGGGCUGUGUAUGAGGAACAAUCUGUGCUCCUGUAUGGAGGGUUAUGUUGGAAGAAGAUGUCAGAAAAGUAUCUGCAAUCCAAUGUGUAUGCAUGGUGGGAGAUGCAGCAGGCCCAAUGUUUGUGACUGUCCAUUUGGCUGGAAAGGAAAGCGUUGUAGUAUACCUUUGUGUCUACCCAGCUGCAUGAAUGGAGGUGAAUGUAUAGGACCUAAUGUUUGUCAAUGCUCAGGAGGAUGGGCAGGCCUCCUAUGCCAGAUUCCUCUUUGUGAACCAAAAUGCCUGUUUGGAGGCAGAUGCAUCCAGCCAAAUGUCUGUGCUUGUAGAAGUGGAUAUGGUGGUUCUGACUGUGGAAAGAAGCUCUCCAUAUGAUGACGAAAACAACAGGACAGUGAAGAUACACAUUUUGAUGCUAUUGUGAAACUUUUUUUUUUUAAAGAUUGGCUGAGAGCACACUGCAAAGGACUGGUAAAUUUCUCAUGCCUCCUACUGCUUCCAAGCACUAAGUUCUGUCGAGAAAUUACUGAUUUCAGAGCAUACUCCAGAAGCUUUAGCAAGUUGCUGGUGUCACAC